UUUUGGCCACAUUCAUACAUGCAUACGCGAGAAAGGGAGUCAGAAAGAAAGAGUUCCAUACUUUUCAUUCACGCAGAGAGAAUUCAAUCUAUAUAUAUAUAUAUAGGUCGACAUGGAUAACAGUCUAAGGUGUUGCUUGGCUUGUGUUCUUCACUGUGGAGCUCUAGACUUGAUCCGCAUCGUUCAUUUGAACGGCUACGUGGAAGAGAUCACACAUCCGGUCACGGCCGGUGAGAUCCUUGAGGCCAACCCAAAUCACGUCCUGAGCAAACCGUGCUCUCAAGGCGUUGUACGUAAAAUUUUGAUUGUCUCGCCGGAUUCUGUGCUAAAGAGAGGAAGCAUUUACUUCUUGAUCCCAGCUUCGUCGCUGCCGGAGAAGAAAAAACGAGGUAACAACCUCAGUAAGUCCUCCAAGAAGAGCAAAAAGUGCAGCGGUACUAGUGAUGUUGAUCAUGUCUCCAACUGUGAUCGUUACCUAUCGGACAUCAUCUCCGACAAGAAACCGUCGCGUCGACGGGAUCGAAGGACUGGCCAAGUUGGAGGUGUGUGGGAGCCUCAUCUUGAGAGCAUCUCCGAGGACUUAUAAACACACUUUCUUUUUUUCCUUGCCGGAAUCCGAUCGACAUGCCGUGCCGGGAACGAUUAAAGUUGGUGUUCUAAUGUUCGUACGUACGUGGGGUCGUUUGGUCUGCCAUAUACAUUGGCAGAUCUGGAUUACAGUAUUUACGAGGUGAUAAGGAUCCGUUUGCUUCUCGAGAAAAGGUUAUGACUGUUGCGCCUCCGACAGCCCAGAAAUCACACGCACAAUAGAUAGAGACAAUAUUUAAGUGGUUCGGCAACUGCCUACGUCCACUGAAGCGGAAAUUCGAUUUUUCAAUAUGUUUAUACAAUUUUACAAACACUCACAACAUCUCUCUAUCUCUCUCAAAUGGCCUCCGUUCUGGGUUUCCCCAGAACCCAUUUUCGCCCUCUGCCCUCUGCCUGAUCUCUCACCUCAGUGAGGAUGAUUUUCUCUUCACAAUUCAUCUCCUUUUAUAGGAGAAAUUAUGGGGGACAAAUUGCCACCAUUCUUGACCAAGAUGGCCUUCAAUUCGGUGCAGCAUUUGUUGAUCAAUUUUUGCUACAGAAUUCGGUGGAGUGGGUGGGUGGCUGGUGCCUAAUAAUCCAAGAAUGAAAACGGUGCACAUGUCCUGGGGGUUGGUGAAUGAAUUGUAAUGUGUUUAGUUUCACACUGCAGG